AAGGAUAUCUACACCUCGUUUACGGCUGCCUACAUCAAGACGCCCACGAAACUGAAGCUGUUGGACGCCUUCAGCUGCUGCGCACUGGCGACCGCCCUGCUGCAAUUUGUGUAUGCCAAGGCGGUGGGCACCUUCCCCUUCAACGCCUUCCUGGCCGGCUUCUUCUGCUGCGUGGGCUCGUUUGUGCUCACGCUCAGCCUGCGCAUGAAGGUCAGCGAG